AUGGACGACUUCCAGGCUGCCACAGAUCGCUUCUUGGCUUGGUUCAAAUCCGUCGGUGGCGAAUUCCGGGAUGACCUAAUCGAAAUUAAGGAUCUGAGAUCUCGAGACGCCGGCAGAGGCAUUAUUGCCAUAAAAGACAUCCCAGAAGAGACCACUCUUUUCAUAAUACCUAGAGAUGCCAUUAUCAAUGUACAAACCUCGGCGCUGCCCAGGCUGCUGCCCAGGCCUUUCGAUAGGUCCAGGGACGAGGCUGACGAGUACGACGAGCCCUUAGACCCGUGGAGUUCAUUGAUCCUAGUCAUGAUGUAUGAGUUUCUUCAAGGCCAGGCAUCUCGCUGGAAACCAUACCUAGACGUGCUGCCGGAAACGUUUGACACGCCAAUCUUCUGGACAGAAUCUGAAUUAAGAGAGCUUGAGGGUACUUGCCUGACGCCAGAAAAGAUUGGAAAACAAGAGAGCGAUGACAUGAUUCGCUUACGCAUCCUCCCCUUGAUCCUACAAAAUCCUUCUAUGUUCUACGCUAGAGGCGCUCGGCACCUUCCUGAAGACGAAUUGCUUAGGCUAGCGCAUCGCAUGGGUAGCACUAUUAUGGCAUACGCAUUCGACCUUACUGACGAGCCUGAACAGUCCGAAGAUGAGGAGGAGGGCUGGGUCGAGGACAGAGAGGACCAGGUGAUGCUGGGAAUGGUACCCAUGGCAGACAUUCUGAACGCCAAUGCAGACUUCAAUGCCCACGUCAACCAUGGAGAGAACCUUGAAGUCAACUCGCUGCGCUCGAAUAUUGUAUCCGGAUCAGAGAUCCUGAAUUAUUAUGGCCCUUUGCCCUCUUCCGAGCUACUCAGACGCUAUGGAUAUGUUACACCUGAGCACCGCUGCUACGAUGUCGCCGAAAUCGCCUGGAGCCUUGUUCGAUCGUCACUAUGUAGUCACCUCGGACUGGCAGACAACGAAAUGGACGAAAUAGAAGCCAAAUUCGAUGAAGAUGUGUUAGAAGACUACUUCCUCAUCGAACGUGACUCCGGGGAACCUUCAUCAGAGGGGCGCCUUACCUAUCCUGCUGAACUUCUGGAAAUCUCGCCAGUGCUUGAGGAUCAAAUGACAGCUGUCCUGAAGGAGAUCAAGAAACUAAGACCCGGGUUUAUUCCCGACAAACGAAAGCGCGAUGAAGUCUAUGAUACUAUCAUUACUACUGCGCUAAAAGCUAAGUUCGGUCAGUACCCCACAACACUGGAGGAAGAUGAAGCGCUGCUGCAACAGGGGGACUUGUCUAAAAGACAUCGUAUGGCAGUUUCCGUAAGACUGGGGGAGAAACACCUGCUCCGAGAGGGCCUUGCCUUGAGGUCGAAGGGUGCUGGAGCACCGCCUGAUCCCGAUGAUCCCAAUGAAGAGAGCGUCAUGAAGAGAGCGAAGCACUAA